CCCAUAUCCAACCCUAUAGGGUGACAGCCCUAUGGGAGGACAGCAGCGGGCAGAUGUUCCACGCCCAUUGGUUCUGCCCCGGUUCCGACACGGUUCUGGGCGCCACGUCGGACCCGUUGGAGCUGUUCAUGGUGGACGAAUGCGAGGACAUGCAGCUCAGCUACAUCCACGGCAAAGUCAGCGUCGUCUAUAGGGCCCCGUCACACAACUGGGCCAUGGAGGGCGGGCUGGACAUGGAGCUCAAGAUGGCGGAGGACGAUGGCGGCUCCUACUUCUAUCAGCUGUGGUACGACCAGGAGUACGCCCGCUUCGAGACCCCCCCCAAAUUGGAGCCGACCGAGGACAACAAAUACAAGUUCUGUAUGAGCUGUGCCCGCCUGGACGAGGUCAGACAGAAGGAGAUCCCAAAAGUGGCCGAACCAAUAGAGGAAGGGGACGGGAAGAUGUUCUACUCCAUGGCCACCAAGAACGGGGUCCAAUAUCGCGUCGGGGACGGCGUCUACCUCCUGCCCGAGGCCUUCUCCUUCAGCGUGAAACCAGCCAGCCCAGCCAAGCGCCCCAAAAAAGAGGCAGUAGAUGAAGAUUUACACCCCGAGCACUAUCGUAAAUACUCCGAGUACAUCAAGGGCAGCAACCUGGACGCCCCCGACCCAUAUCGUGUGGGGCGCAUCAAGGAGAUCUACUGCCACAUCCGCAGCAACGGGAAACCCAACGAGGCCGACAUCAAACUGCGCAUCUGGAAGUUCUACCGCCCUGAAAACACGCACAAAUCCAUCAAGGCGACGUAUCACGCCGACAUCAACCUCCUCUAUUGGAGCGACGAGGAGACCACGGUGGAUUUCCGCGCCGUUCAAGGCCGCUGCACCGUGGUGUACGGAGAGGAUCUGACCGAGAGCAUCCAGGAGUAUUCAUCUAUGGGGCUGGAUAGGUUCUAUUUCUUGGAGGCUUACAACGCCAAAACAAAGAGCUUUGAGGAUCCACCCAACCACGCGCGGAGCUCCGGGAAUAAGGGGAAGGGGAAAGGGAAGGGGAAAGGGAAAGGCAAAGGGAAAUCGACGUCUGCCUGCGAGCAGAACGAGCCCGAACCCACCGAGCUGAAGCUGCCCAAACUUCGCACCCUGGACGUGUUCUCUGGUUGUGGGGGGCUCUCGGAGGGAUUCCACCAAGCAGGCGUAUCCGAGACCUUAUGGGCCAUCGAGAUGUGGGAGCCGGCGGCUCAAGCUUUCCGCCUCAACAACCCCAACACCACCGUGUUCACCGAGGACUGCAACGUGUUACUCAAACUGGUGAUGGCCGGAGAAAAAACCAAUUCUUUAGGGCAAAAACUGCCCCAAAAAGGGGACGUGGAGAUGCUUUGUGGGGGACCCCCGUGCCAAGGGUUCAGCGGCAUGAACCGCUUCAACUCCCGAACCUACUCCAAGUUCAAGAACUCAUUGGUGGUCUCCUUCCUCAGGUAGAGGGGUCUCUUAUAAAGG